UAUUCUUACACAUUGAGCAAUCAAAGUGUGCCCAUUCAGAUAUUGUAAACCCUGUAUAUAACAUAUAUUACAACACCCUGACAAGAUCGAAACAACAGAAAUGGCAAACGUGGGUCGUUACAUAGAAAGAAAUCCCGAUAUGCGGGCUGCAGGACUAACCUCGUUUGAGAAGUCAGGAGGGGAAUUAUAUGGCAGCAAGGAGUGCUUUAUGAUCGUGAACUUGGAGGAGGAGGCGGAGAACCGUAUAAGGGCACUUUGUCGGCUGCACAAGGCCAAACCUUAUGGAAAACGAACGCCUAAGAUUCCCACUGACAAGAUGGGUGAUAUUUUCAGCAAUCAGGAUAAGGGCCUGUUCGCCGAGUUCCAGGAGAAGUUUCGCGAGAACAUGUUUUUCAAAAAGCCUCUUCUGGGCCAGGCCACGGAAAGCAACUCCAAGCCGGAUUCUGUCACAAAUCUAAGCCGUACCUUCGGCCAAGCCUCCGAUCCUGAAGAGUCCCUCUACUCAGUGGUAAUGCCACCCAAGUCUGCCGAGCAAGUCAAUCGGGAGUAUGGCGAGUUCCACGACAAACACAUCAUCAGUCACAAUCACUACUUCCCCUCGGAACAGAUCAAUCGUCGAUAUUCAUCGCACUUUAAUCGGCUAAAUACUUUCGGCAUGCCAUUCUAUGUUGAUCAUACCGGAAUUAAGGUAAAACGCUGCUUGCAUGAAGGCGAGGAGCAUCUGAUAAUAGUCAAAAAACCGCAGAUGGAUUUGGACGAUCGCACCAAAGGUCCGUUGGGCAAGAAGUACAAAUGGUAUCCAUAUCAGAUCCCGGAGAAUAUGACCUUUGGCCGCACAAUGCCCCGUGAAGCAGACAUGCGAUCGUUGCUGGAAAACACUUCGCCUUCCAUUUUAUCCGAGAAAUUGGCCAGUGCAAUCAGCCACUUGAAUAUGUUGCGCAAAAUGCUCCAGGAGCGGGACGACUUCAAUAUGAACCAGGUUAUCGUGGCGCUGGAGAAGAAGGAUAAAGAGGGCAAUCGCCAGCUUCCAUUGACCGAGAUCAUUCAUGUGAUGCGCAAAUUGAACAUUCCGGCGGAUGCGGAGAAAAUCCGAACAGCCGUCUCACAUUUUAGGUUAAUCGUCGACGAGGGCUGCUGCUCGGAACGUGUGAAGUAUGAGGACUUGUGCCACCUCCUCUCGAUUCUGAAGUCCCUGCCAAUGAUCGGAUCCAUCUCGCCCAUGCCAAAGGCGAUCUACAACCAGGAUACCGCCUAUCGCCAGUUGUGUGCUGAUUUGUUGAAGAAACCCCCCGAGGGUCCAAACUUCAUCCAUACCCACAAGUCACCCGUCCAGAAGGAUCUUGAUGACACACAUGUCAAGGACGUUCUGAACCCGGACUUACCCACCUUAUGUGGUUUAUGGCCCAGUGAUUUCAAUGUGAUGCGCUGCAGGGAUGAAAUAGAACGAAUAUUCCAGAGCAUUGUUUCCAAAGAUGAUUUUGAAAGGAUCUGGUUCAGCCUAACAGCUGAGCAAAAGGAUCAGAAUGAAAUGGCAUCCGUUGCACAAUUCCGUGCUGAAAUGAAGAAGAUAAGCUAGAUAAGAAGCUAACUAAUUUGCAAGGCUUUCUUACUACAUUGAAUAUUGAUUUGCUAUUUAAAUUUAGAAGCGGUUUAUGUAUAUAAAUAUAUAUAGGUAUUUUUCCACAGUCAUUAAUAAUUAA